UUGCCUUCAUGGCCUCCGUCCGCCUCGAAGCGGUUCUGACGCCGUGCCUCCUUUGCAGGUGCCGCUGCCCUGCCGCCACCGCGGGUCCCGGACGUGCUGCGUGGUGUCGCUGCGCUGGAGGAGGUUGCUGCCCGGAACCCCAACGAUGACCGCCUUGGCGCCGCACGCAACGCCCAGACUGCGGCGGAUGUGGUUGGAAUCUGGCGAGGCGCCAGACGCACUGCCACUCGCGCUGCCCACUGUGUUGCGGGGCGCCUCGAGCGGCUGCCUGCCAGUGCACUCCCUGGACGCUCCCUGCUCCCGCUGCCCGACAGUGGUCCUAGCGCCCCUGCCGCCCGCAUUGCAGUCAGGAGUAUCUUCAGCGUGGCCAACUUUGGACCCCGCAGCCCGCUUCUCGCGUCCCGAUUGCCUGUCCACUGUGAAGAGGCAGGCGUGAGCGAAGCCAGGGAUUCGCACGCCGCAGCGGAAGGCACGCCGUCUGCCCUGCAGUGCGUCGAGAGCCUGGACUUGAUGGACCUCUGCACGGCUGCACCGGGGACUCGGCAGGAGGAAAAGGCGGCCACGUUGGAACGGAUGGGGCAACCAGGGGCGCGGCGGUUGAAGCACAUUCGCUGCCGCUGCGACGUGGACCCUGCCUGGACCCUCGAGGUGCUGCGUCGCGCCGCCCCGACGCUGGAGGAGCUUUUCGUGUCGAUGCCCCGAGAGGAGCACCUUCGCACCGUGCACGCCAUGCCGCGGCUGCGGCGGAUGUAUUUGAUCGCGUCUAGUUCGACUCGGCUCGCGCUGCCCGCCCUGCCGCACGGCAGCCUCGAGUGGCUCAGGGUGAGCGGACUGCCCCAGCCCGCCCUGGUGUCGCUGCUGCAGGCCCACGCCGCGUCGCUCCGAGUGCUGUGGCUGGACGUGAGUCGCGGUGCCAAGUCGGGGGCGAAGCCCAAGGCGAAGCCUUUCAAAGUGCUCUUCAAGUGCGACCUCCGCCUCUCGCGGCUCGUGCUGUGGAGUUCAGGCCACCACCAACCCUCUGGCUGCCCUGGACAGCUAGCCAAGGCGCGUCGCACACUGCCAGGCGCCCUGGUGCAGUGCAAAGACUGUGACCGGGUUCCGUGGGAAUAUCUCUAGACUCGCCGUCUCAAUGUGCAUUUUUGUAACCGCUUAGAAUCGCGCAGCUUUGAGGAAAAAUUACGUGCGAAUUUGUGCGGCAAUCACGUUUGCGCCACGCUUCUAAAUUAUACAAGAGAAUAAAAUGUGUGAUCCUUCUGUAUCGUCAAA